GUCCAAUGUUCAUCCCGUUUCAGCCUGCGUCAGCUGAUCUAUUAAAAUUCUCUGCAUACGGGGGCAAACGAUAACUAUUACCUUAUGCUUACAUCCCAUUAUGAAGGGCGAUUACCCCUUAGUUUCAGCGACAGAAAACCGGCACGGGUAUUACGUAUCAUGAAAAGUGACAUUAUGCCGAUUUUUUUUGACAUUAUAUUUUUUUAUACUCCAACCACCACGAAGGCCUAAGCCCUAAACACCCAUGGGCUCCGUGGACUACAGGGGGAUACAGGGGAAAGAGGGAACGCCACACGGACUCUGGCGAGGGAACACAUCCGCCGGGUGGUACCUCCGCGUUCGAGUCAGAGACUAUCUACCACCUACGGACAAUCACAACAUCCAUAGCCAAGAGAAAAAUUUCUCCUGGGACGGGAUUCGAACCCGCACAGCGCACGGCGACUGAUCAGGAGACCGAAGAGUCUACUACUGCGGUCACCGCUGCUGCCUAUAGUGCAUACUUGUUCUAUUUAUCAAAAGCCAUUUUUAGGGUAUUACAUUUUUCACUUUCCACCAUUGA